GUCAAACAGAGGAGGCAGACGGACACAGCGGAGGAGCAGCAGCAGCAGCAGCAGCAGCAGCAGCAGCAGCAGGAGGAGGAGGAGGAGGAGGUGCAGUCGCUGCGCCCUGAGCCGACAGAGACGGCGACACCACAGAAGAAGAAGAAAAAGGAGAAGGAAGGAGUGAAGGAGACAGGAAGGAGCAGCAUCAAGACCUCCUCUCUGUUCAAACACAACCCAGACAUACCUGAGAUCCAGAGACCAGUUGUUUCUCAGGUGAAAGAGAAGAUUUUCACCAGUGGCUUGUUCUCAGACCUGGACCUGCACCCACACCUGGUGGUGACACUGAACAAAGUCCUGAAUGUUUCCACACUGACCAGUGUUCAGAAACAGACCAUCCCAGUGCUUCUGUCAGGACGAGACGCCGUGGUUCGAUCCCAGACGGGAUCAGGUAAGACUCUGUCCUACGCCGUCCCAUUGGUCCAGAGUCUUCAGUCGGUCCAGCCAAAGGUCAGCAGGUCAGACGGUCCUCUGGCUGUCGUCAUCGUCCCCACCAGAGAGCUCGCCCAGCAGACCUUCCAGACCUUCCAGAAGCUUCUGAAGCCGUUUACCUGGAUCGUCCCAGGUGUUCUGAUGGGAGGAGAGAAGAGGAAAGCAGAGAAGGCCAGGCUCCGUAAAGGAAUCAACAUCCUGGUUUCAACUCCUGGACGUCUGGUGGAUCAUAUCAAACACACCCUGAGCAUCGCCUUCAGCGCUGUACGCUGGCUGAUCCUGGACGAGGCAGACCGGACCUUGGACCUGGGCUUUGAGAAGGAUCUGACUGUAAUACUGAACAGUCUGAACUCUGCAGGGCCGAGCAGACAGAACGUCCUGCUGUCGGCUACACUGACACACGGUGUGACUCGCCUGGCAGAUGUUUGUCUAAGUGACCCCAUCAGCAUCCAGGUGUCUGGCCCCGCUUCCUCUGACCUCACCACCAUCAGUGCCGUGACCUCUGAGCCUGACCCAGCCAGCCAAUCAGAAAGCUUUGCCGUACCAGAGGCCUUGAAGCAGUUUGUGGUGGUGGUUCCCAGUAAGGUCAGACUGGUCUGUCUGGCUGCUUUCAUACUGGACAAAUGCAAGUUUUCUCAGAACAACAAACUCAUCGUCUUCAUCUCGAGCUGUGAGGCCGUCGAGUUCCUCCACCGUCUCUUCACCUCCGUCCUUUCUGGGCCCUCGGCCAAUCGUGAGCCUCCUCUCGGCUUUCUGCGUCUCCAUGGCAACAUGAAGCAGGAGGAGCGCUCCGAGGUCUUCCAGCAGUUUUCAGUGUCUCAGUCCGGAGUCCUGCUCUGUACGGACGUGGCAGCCCGAGGUCUGGACCUUCCUCAGGUCACCUGGAUUGUUCAGUACACUCCUCCGACGGCAGCAGCAGAGUACGUUCACCGGGUCGGUCGAACGGCUCGUAUCGGAGGAAGAGGAAGCAGCCUCCUCUUCCUCACCCCUGCGGAGACCGCCUUCAUCUCCACACUGGCCAAUCACAACAUCAGCCUGUCAGAGAUGAAGCUGCUGGACGUCCUGUCCAGUCUGAUGAUGGACGAUGCCUACAAGGGGCGGGGCAAAUACCACAGCAAGAGUUCGUCCAAAGCUCUGGAGCAGGAGAUCAGAGAGCGAGCGACCGUUCUGCAGACGGAGUUCGAGAACUUCGUUCACUCAGACGCUCAGUCGGUGCAGACCGCCAAGAAAGCGCUGCAGUCCUUCCUGCGGGCGUACACCACCUACCCUGCUCACCUCAAACACAUCUUCCACAUCCGCUCCCUCCACCUGGGACACACCGCAAAGAGCUUUGCCCUCAGAGACGCUCCACAGGGUCUGAGCACCGCCACCGGCCCCACGGGCCCCAGGACCAGGCACCAGAACCAGCACAGGAACCAGGCUGGGAACCAGGCUGGGAGCCAGGCUGGGAGCCAGGCCAGGAGUCCAGUCAAAAACCAGAACAAGAAGCCAACCAGCAGCCAGACUGCAGGACAGAAGAGGUUCUGUCCCGGUCAGAGGGAGGUCCACCUGUUUCGGUCCGAGUUCUCCAGCGGGCUGGACGCAGGGGACGCCAAGAAGAAGAAAAGGAAGAAGAAGACCGCGUUUGGUCAGACAGGAGAGGAGGAGUGAGGAGGUGCAGCAGCUGGAGGGCCUGUGAGCGAGGUGAGGGCCUGCAUCCAGCUGACUGACGCCACAGUGACUGCAUCACCUGAGCGUUCAGGUGUUCUCAGGUAGCAGCUGUGAGGUGUCCACUCAUUAAACACAGAGCAGUUUGACUCAUUCACAGGAUGUCCUGGAAAAGUCCUGGAAAACAAAAGUUUGUGUCCAAACUGAACAGGAGACAAAACGAUUCAGACAGAGUCCUUGGACACGAUCAGUGUAACGUUUCACACACGUUCACACACGUUCACACACCUGUGCAGCAGUUUUACACGUCAGCACCUGUAUGAAUAUGAAUAUGAAUAUUUUCCUGUGAGUUUCCCUCCACAGAAUAAAGUUUUCUGGAUUUGA